AUGGCCAGCCAAAAUCCGCAACAGCACAAUCAGCAGCACCAUCAGCAGCAACAACAACAACAACAAUCAUCAUCAGUGCGCGAAGCACCGCGAGACCUUUCCGAAAUCGCCAAACAAGAAGAAGCCCUAAUUCUCCCGCGCUUCACGGCCGAUGAUGCCCUCGAGAUCGGCCUGGCGAUCCGCAACCGCCUGCGAGCACUGACGCACCUGUCGGCAGUCGUCAACAUCACACUGGCCAACAGCAACAACCUAUUAUUUCACGCCGUGUCGCGACCAGGUGUACAGCCAGACAACGACAUCUGGGUGGCGCGGAAACGAAAAACCGUGCAAAGAUGGGGUGUGAGUACGUGGUUCAUGCAUAAUAAAAUGCAUGGUGAUGAGGAGGCGUUUAAGAAAAAGUAUAUGCUUGGUGAAUCGGCGGGUGAAUAUGCAAUUCAUGGGGGCGGUAUGCCUGUGCGUGUGAGGGGGGUUGAGGGUGUGGUUGCUGUUAUUGUGGUUAGUGGGUUGAAGCAGUGGGAGGAUCAUCAGGUUAUUGUGGAUGCGUUGGAGGAGUAUCUUAGUGAUGAGGAGAAGGCCGAGGCGAGGUCGCCGAUUGAUUGA